AUGUCGCACUCAUUCGUCUUUGACAACAAGGACGAUCCCAUCCUACAUUCCAUCGCACAAGAACUCUACACCUCUCUCAACCAACAACCCACCACCACCAAUGAAUCAGAUUCUUCAAGCACCACUACUGCUUCUGCUUCACUCCAUGCAUACGAAUUCCGGUUAGAAAGUUUCCUGACACGACCAAGGACCUGCACAACACUCUUCCCGCCCCGAGUCCAGAAAUCUCGGUACUCUCAGAUCCUUGUCCAAGAGCGACUCGUCCUCCUUUCCGCCGGCGGCCCUUCUUCCUCCCUUUCCUCCCCUGCCGAUAGCCAGGGGACCGACACGGACAAGGACGAAAAGAAGAACGAGGCGGCAACGACGACGCAGGUCCUCGUCGCAGGAUUAGAAGUCCUCGAAUACACACUCACUCCCCUUUCUUCGCCACGAUCAUCAUCAUCAUCACCUCCAUCAGGAAACAAGGCCCCGCAGGCACGGGAGGAAAGGAUUAUCUAUAUCGCAAAAGUCGAUACCUCGGGAUUCUGGCCUCUCCCAGGGUUGGAGAGUGUAUCGUUGAAGGGCAAGAGUCCUGCGCAGGCGCUCGUCAAGGGAUACCUCCGAUCCGUUCGCGCUACUAGUCAUGGCCUUUCAUCUUUGACAGACAUCACCGUUGCCGGGACUAAAGACAAUAGUGGCAGUAGUAGCGACACGACCAGCAGCACGGCAGCCGCGGCCGCAGCUGCAGCCGCAGGCAAGAUGUCCGCGAUGUCCAUCACUCCCACCACCCCCACAACAGCUCAUCACCGUCGUCCUCGGAAAACGUCGCUUUAUAUAUUCGCGCGCGCACAACCACAGUACCUGUUUGCAAACUCGGCCAAGAACCCUCAGAAGCGUGUCUUGGACGAUCGUGGGCUUGUCCGGUGGUGGAAGAACACCGCCGCCUCUGUCUAUGCGGAAUCCAUGGAUUCAUCUACAACAGCAACAACAACAACAACAACCCAAGAGCACGAGCAGGAAGCUGAAGGGAAGCGGAUUGGAAACAGGAAAACAAAGGUGCAGGGGUGGUGGCACAUCCCGGGGAUCGAGACCGAGCGCCAAGCAAACAAUGUCAUCCAAUCUACCACUGCCACCACCAACAACAGCAAGGCGUUUGAAUGGAUAUAUGGGUACCCUGACAAGGACUCCAAGGAACUCGCAAACGCGCUGAUCCCCCAGUUCCCGGAUGACCCCAAAUCACGGAUGAUGCAGUCUCCUUCCUGCCAGGGUGGGUUUGUCAACAUCCGGACGUUCUGGGAGUUGGCGGCCAUUGGCGAGGAGAGUGGGGCGGGGAAGAUUACGGGAUUCUUUCGCGUUGUUGAAGAAGAUGAGGGUGAGGACGAAGGCGAGGGAGAGGAGGGAGAGGAGAUGCAGGAGAAGGCGGUGACGGGGACGACGUCUGGGUACACAAAGGUGAUCAACUUCUUGUUGGAUCUUGAGUUUUCGACGAUGGAGGAUGCACGCAGGUCAACGAGGACGUGGCAGGACCGGGUGGAGGUUUGGGUCCGAAAGUCAGUUGAGAGGGAGGCGGAGCGUGUACUGGAAGUUGAGGCGGCUUGUCGACAGGAGCAGGGGAAGGAGGAAGACAAAGAAGAGGAGGUGAAGGAGACGAAGAGGGAGGUGGUGGCUGCUGUAAGGUCGCUAUGGAUCCAGAAGGGGUCAGUUGAGAUCUUGUUGCGCCAUGGUUCAGAUGUCCUACCAACACCAUCCCCCGCCGCUGCCACCCAAGAGGCAACGACGACGACAGCAGUGCCCACUCCCGCAGCUACACCAGCGGUCGUCAACACGCUGAGUAUAGGACUCAUCAAGUGCAAAGCUCCAACUCCAGUUUCGACUACUACCACUACCACGCCUGCCAGCACGACUGCACCUCCUGCAGUUAAUGUCCUUGGCGCUGGGUUAAUCAAGCGGAAAGUCGUCGCUACUUCCAACAAUACACCUGCACCUGCUGCCGCUGCACCGAUGGUGAAUGUCCUUGGUGCUGGUCUCAUCAAGCGCAAGGUAGCCCCCACAUCUACCACUCCAUCUACUACUACUACCGUGCCUGAGACGUCAUCCACAGCCCCGGUCGUGAACGUUCUUGGAGCCAGUUUCAUCAAGAAGCGCAAGACAGACUCAUAA